CAAAAAGCGUUGUCAGUCGUGAAGAUCGUGAUGGAAGUGCUGUACGUGUUGUUCACAAUUCUCUGUAUUUACAUAAUAGUGGUGUCGAGUAUAGCGCUGUCCGACACCGAGACCUACACUAAGGAAGACAAAGAUAUUAAAGAGGAGGCAAAAACCCUUCUGGCCACCGGGGUGAUUGGAUUAAUAUUAACAGUCAUUGGUUUGGCGGGAAUUGUAAAGGAAAACAAAUGCAUUGUGAUUGUUGUGUUGGUUUUAACCAUCGUCGGUGUUAUGACAAACUUUGCCACUAAUGAUUACGGGGCCGCCGCAUGGAAUAUACUAUGCGCUGCGUUAACAGCAUGUAAUCAAAAUACGUUGACAUUUGUGAAGAUCGUGAUGGAAGUGCUGUACGUGUUGUUCACGAUUCUCUGUAUUUGUGUAAUAGUAAUGUCGAGUAUAACGUUGUAUUACAUCGAGACGGGUACAAAGGGAGACCUUAAUAAUGUUGGAGACAUUAUUAACGAUGGUUUUAAAGUGCUAGUAAUCGGCGGUAUGUCGUUGUUCUCAUCCGAAAUAUUUAGACAGCAACAUAAUAUAACUAUGGAGCAA